UCAAAAUGAGGCCAAGUGCACAGCCUUUCUUGUAAGAAUGAGUUUUAUUUGCAUGAGAAUGAAAAAUCAUUUCCAAAUCAAAGGUUGAGCACUUAGCCUCAUUUUAAUACAGAUGACCGGGGGAACUUGGAAAAGGCCGAUUUUUGUUUGCUCACGGAAUUGAUUGCUUAAAGUUAUGCAUGUUAUUGUCAGAUACAAAAAGGUUCUACAUCAGUUAUGGAUCCUACAUUUCUUGAGGUAUUUAUUUGGAGCAUUUUUUUCUAUAGAUGUAAAUGUACAUCCAUUCUGCAUUGUAAUGAUCUGUAUUUAUUUUAAAUGAAUCUUCUUGAUAAUCACCUGAGUGCAGGCAACAUACAAUGUAUGUACAAUCUCACACUUUGAUUCAGCAAUUAAAUCUGAAUUUAAUUAAUUUUGUAGUUGUAUAAUUGUGACAAGAUUCUUCAUUGUGAUUUGUUAUAUUGCAAUGGAAGUCUUGAUUUUGACAUUGACAAAAUUCUAGAGUGUACUUUAGUUUUUAAAUAGAAAUCAGAGGUUAAUCUACAAAUAAAAAAAAUAAUGUUGGUUGACAAUUUUAUUUUAAAUACCAUUUUUUUUCUUUUCAGGGUGUGUCUCCAGAGGUUGACGGCAGAGUCACUGUUGCUUUCUUGCCAACACUGAACGUGGUUUCUGGGUUGUUACAAGAUGGUGAAUUGACCCAUGAUCAGGCAGUUAAGGUAAGCUUCACCAUUUUCUCCUGCCUUCCACAGUGCAUUGGCAAGUUUGUUUAUAGCUAGGCUUCACACAGGGUGCAAAGAAAAUCAUUUUCACAGCUUGCCAUUUGGGCAAGCUGAAGCUAGCAUUUACUAGCCCAGACAUCAUUUCAACUAGCCCCAAAAACUUUUUGACUAGUAGAAUAAUGUAAUAAUGGGCAAGUAAUGUUUUUUGAGGAAUUCGAAUAACAGAAGAACUGUGACAUCAAUUAUUGAUGUCACAGUUCUUCUGUUAUUCGAAUUCCUCAAAAAACAUUACUUGCCCAUCGGGCAAGUUAAAAACAGAAUUCACCAGCCCGAUGGCAAAAUCGACUAGCCCUGGGCUAUCGGACAGUACUUUCUUUGCACCCUGGCUUCAAACAUCCUCCCUACUUCUUAUAGCAUUCUAUAAUUUCUCCAAGAAGUUAAAACCCUUGUACAGUGGCAGUACAAUUGUCCAUAAGUACAUGUAUAAAGCUGUGCUUUGAGAACUAAGAUCUGGGGUGUGAGGAUGAAUACAGUUGUGCUAUAUUUGCUACACUGUGUAAAUGCAUGAUGUUACAACAUUGUUUGAUUACUUGAGUUUUUUAAUUUAAGUUGUAUGCUUGCCUUGAUGGCAAUUAAACUGAGAAAACUAGGGUCAUAGUUAAAAGAAAUUAAUAAGCAAAAGAAAAAAUAACAUGGGCAAGGACUCCUUCUCACUUGAGCCAUGUGUGUUGUCCAAAGGCCCUAGCAGUCAGCUCUCAUCCUGGGUUCACUUUAAGCAAAAAGGUGAUAUGAUAGGUCAUGGUAACUAACCCUAGACCCACGCUAAUCGUUCUUUGAACAAGUCAACAUGAAGUUUUAGGUGUUAACCUUAUUAACUUGGUAUCAUCAUGCCUUCAUGCCCAUAACCUGAAUUUCAGAAACCUCGUCUACUUUGCUAACUCAGUAAGUAACUGCUAGAGAGUGGAGGAGGUGGCUGAAAUUAAGGCUACCGUAUCCAUUGAACUAUGCUAAUUAAUUUCAUUGUUGCCAUUUUAAUAUGUAGGCAGUGAAAUCCUGUAUGGAGGGUUGUGCUCGUAUUUACCCAGUUCUUCAAGAGUCUCUUGUUCAGGCAGUAAAACGAACUAUGAAGUCCAAACAACAGGAUGCUAGUUAG